AGACAUGACAGGGGGUGUGGGUGCUGCACAUGCAUGUUCGCCGCAAAACCCGUCCAAGGCACUUUUCAACUUUUUGACACUGACAGGAACUUGGACUGGAGUUAUCGACACUCAGGAUUGAGUCGGUAGACAAAACAUUUCGGCAACAUGGACAAUUCAGAACAAACCGAGGAUGUUACCCUCGAAACCCCUCCCCCAUCCGUCUUCAUCCCACCCUCAAUCAACGAAACCGCCCUCCUCGCCGGAGACUCCUAUUCCUACUACUCCCCCGUCCCACCCUCUCUCCUACCACCACCCGACUCCCCGCCCUCCGCCACCGGGCCCCCGUGCGCGCUCGGCGUCGACGAAGCCGGCCGCGGUCCCGUCCUCGGCCCGAUGGUCUACGGCGUCUUCUACCUGCCGAUCCCGCUCUCCGACCCGCUCCUGCGCACGACGCACCACUUCGACGACAGCAAGGUCCUCACCCCGGCGGUGCGCGCGUCGCUGAUGCAGACGCUGUGCACGCCGACCAGCGACCUGUACGAGUCGUGCGGGUGGGCGGUGGACGCGCUCUCGGCGCGGGACAUCGGCGCGGGCAUGCUGCGGAGCGGGCUGGCGGCGUACAACCUCAACGCGCAGGCCAUGGACGCGACGGUGGAGCUGAUCAAGGGCGUGUACGCGCGCGGGGUCAACGUGCGCGAGAUCUACGUCGACACCAUCGGCCAGCCGGCCGCCUACCAGGCCAAGCUGGCCCGCAUCUUCCCCGCCGCCAAGGUCACCGUGGCCAAGAAGGCCGACAGCCUGUACCCGAGCGUCAGCGCCGCCAGUGUGUGCGCCAAGGUGACGAGGGAUGUCGCCCUGGAGACGCUCUGGAAGGCUAGGGGCGGCAGCGGGGAGGAGGGAGAGGGAGCGGAGGAAACUAUGGGUUGGGGGUCGGGUUACCCGUCGGACGGGAGAUGUGUCACAUGGCUGAAGGGUAACAUGCAUCCUGUCUGGGGCUGGGGGCCCGAGUGCAGGUUUAGUUGGGGGACGGCGAAAGACAUGCUGGAAGCGACCCCGGCGAAAGGGGGUGGCGUCAACGUGGAGUGGCCGGUCGACGAGGACGCCGACACCCAACGGUUGACCGACUAUUUUGCCUCCGCGGGCCAGGAGAAGGACGGGGACGAACUGGGGACAUGGUUUGGCACACCGGCCGGGUUGGAAGCAUUUUGAACAUGGGUAAACAAAUUGUACUUGCAAUCAUGUUGGAUAAUCGGGACCG